AUAUUAUGGCCCCCAUUUGUCUCAACAAUGAAAGCAUUAUGGGUUCUCAUUUGCAGGUUAAAGGUAGCAAUGGAGAUCCGCUUCCAUCAAUUCUGUUAGAAUCAGCUAAAAUCGAACGCUAAUCCUUAGAAAUCGGCCUAUUUUCUGCAUCAGAAAUCGAGCAGAUUCGAAAUUCAAAUCCUUUCGAUUCGAUUCGAACGGAGUCGAUCAUGCAUUUGCAAAGAAUUCUGUAAUUCUGUAUCCUCUUUUUAAGUUUCAUAAAAUCUGAUAUUUUCUACUUCACUUAAAAAAAAAUUACAGAUUCUAAUUUUAUUUUAAUGGUCAUAAACUAUGAAUUUUUGAUGAACCCAUAAACGUAAAAUGCUAAUAUUCUUGUUUUAAUCUCUUAAAAAUGCUAAUUAUUCUUGUAGACAACUUUUAGCUAGAAAGAGUUACCUGUAAUCUUCAUGGUCAAUAUUUAGUAAUCUCAUAUCUUCUAAUCUUCUAUCAUUAUUAUAUUCUUAAUUAAUUUCACCAGCACAGCCAACAAAUCUGCAAUUAAAAAAGGACCCACAAACGACUCUUUUUACCCUUUUCCCCUGAUAUUCUGUUUCUCUUCUUUGUCAUGGAUGCCUGUAAGAGGAGCACUCAAAGCAUGAAUCAGAGGUUUAUUGCAAGGAUUCAAGCCUUCUUCAAGGAGAUUCAAGCAUACCCAGUUCGCUUUUUUUCACUUCAAAGUUGCUGAUUUGGCGUUUAAACCGUCACAGGCUCAAACAGAGUUGGUCUCAUGGACACAAGAUCUGUACCAUGUCUGGUUAACAGCAUUUCUCGAUUCAUUCACCUGGUUGCCUGCCAGACUCUGAAAUUUGUGCCCGUUCAGAAGGAUUAUCAAUAUAUGGUUGGUCUAUUGAAGGUUUUAAAGCCAAUGCUUAAUGAAAUCGUUGGUUCCAAAAUACCUGCAAGUGGAAUGCUAAUUAAAGAAUGCGAGGAAUUGGAUCUGGCUGUUAAUAAGGCUAGAGAGUUCUUGGAGAAGUGGGAUCCCAAGAUGAGCAAGAUAAAUAGUGUUUUACGGAGUGAAUCAUUGGCAAGAAAAGUUCAGAGUUCUUCACUGGAAAUUUGCCACACAUUGUGUAGGUUGCAGCAGUCCUCUCCACUUAGUUCUCAUAUGACUAGUAUUCAGUGUUGUAUUCGGGAGCUUCAAAGUUUGGAGCAGGAGUACAUAUCAGACCUUGUAGAAGAGGCCAUAAAAUAUCAGAGGGAUAAUCUCAUCCCUCGUGCUGAUAUCCUGCUCAAAAUUGCUGAGUUACUUGGUUUUACAUCGAAUCGAGAGUUGCUGGCAGAAUGUGUGGCCCUGGAAAAGGAGAGAAUGAAGGCUGGAUGCAAGAAAAGCAAUGGGGAGCUAGGCCACCUAAAUCAGAUACUGAAUCUUGUUGCUCAUAUAAGGGAUUCGAUGGGUAAACUUGAACAAUUUGGGGAGAUAAAUGGUGUACCUGUUCCUUCAUACUUUCGUUGCCCACUGUCGCUGGAACUGAUGGUGGACCCCGUAAUUGUGGCCUCUGGGCAGACCUAUGAGAGGGCUUUUAUCCAGAAGUGGCUUGAUCAAGGGCUUACCAUUUGCCCCCAAACCUGUCAAACUCUCGCACACUCAAAUCUCAUACCAAAUUUCACUGUGAAGGCGCUGAUAGCAAAUUGGUGUGAGGACAAUAAUAUUAGGAUUUUCAGAACUGUUGAUUGCAACUAUAUGUCAUCCCCAUCCUCAUCUCGUAAUGUAUCUAGCUUCCAUGGUUCUUUGAGUGGCAGCAAUUCCACUCCGAGGUCAUCUAUGGAUGUUGGAAAUGGAUCUGAGAAGCAAAGGGUUGAGGUCUCUUCAAGAUAUGGUGCAGUCGAUAGCAAUGUAUGUUGCAGCAGGACAACCCUAAAAUGUGACCAACCUUCGCCAGAACAAUCUUAUGAUCAAAGCCGAAGUGAAUCAGUCUCAAGUGGCGUUUCCAGCAUCGAAUAUAUGCCCACAGCAAUGACAACUGGUCUUACUGAAGAGCCAAGGGUGUUGAGUAGGCAUGUCAGUGCUAGUGUUCUGUCAGAAGUCAAAUGCGAGGGUCUGGCUUGUUCUCCAAAUAAGGAUUCAGGUUUUUCUCCAUGGUUGUCGGGGAAACAAUUUCACACUUCCGAAACAAUGGUGGAAGUGGCUGAGGAUGGCAAAAAUAAUCAUCAAAGAAGUCUUUCUCUUCCAAUUUCAGAUUCCAGAUUUGAUGAUUUGACCACUUCUUCCCAUAUUGAGAAAUUGGUUGAUGAUCUAAAGAGUCAAUCCCAUGAAGUGCAAACUGCUGCUGCAGCAGAACUGCGGCUUCUUGCAAAGCACAAUAUGGAGAACCGUAUCAUUAUUGCCCAGUGUGGGGCUAUUGCUCCUUUGAUUUCAUUGCUCUAUUCGCCAGUGAAACUGACACAAGAGCAUGCUGUCACUGCCCUAUUGAACUUGUCAAUAAAUGAAGGUAAUAAAGCCUUGAUUGCAGAAGCAGGAGCUAUAGAACCUCUUAUCCAUGUUCUUAAGUCGGGAAAUGCGGGAGCCAAAGAAAACUCUUCUGCAACUUUAUUUAGUCUAUCUGUAUUGGAAGAAUACAAGAAAAAAAUUGGUCGAUCCAAUGCAGUAAAGGCCUUAGUUGAUCUGCUAGGCUCUGGAACACUCAGGGGGAAGAAAGAUGCUGCUACUGCUUUGUUCAAUUUAUCUAUCUUUCAUGAGAACAAGGCACGCAUAGUCCAGGCCGGGGCUGUGAAGUACCUGGUUGAGUUGAUGGAUCCUUCCACGGGGAUGGUUGACAAAGCUGUUGCUCUUCUUGCAAAUCUCUCUACGAUUCCAGAGGGACGGUCUGCUAUCACUACCGAAGGUGGCAUCCCGUUACUAGUUGAAGUUGUUGAAUCAGGAUCACACAGAGGAAAAGAAAAUGCUGCAUCCAUCUUGUUGCAGCUUUGCAUUAAUAGCCAGAAGUUCUGUGGCCUGGUUCUUCAAGAAGGUGCAGUGCCACCUCUUGUUGCGUUAUCUCAAUCUGGGACACCGAGAGCAAAAGAAAAGGCACAACAGAUACUUAGUCACUUCCGGAACCAGCGAGAAGGAGCUGUUGGAAAGGCAAAAUCAUGACUUAGGAUGUGGAAUGUUUCAGCUUUCCGUGAGUUUGGCCUUCUCAAGUGCAAUGAGUUCAUUGAUCAGCUAUGGUAUAUUGGAAAUUUCUUUGAUUCUUUCAUGAAACUUACUUAAGCGUGUGUGGAUCACAAAUAGAAGAGAAAGUAUAGGCCAUAUCUCUCUUAGCUCCAUCAAGGAAGCAAACAGCUCAACUUGUUACCAGGAGUAACUGAUUUUGUCUGUUCUACUGUAUUUGAUGCUCUGGGUCUGCUGCAGCAGAUAUGUAUAACUCCCUGUUGUCAUUUGUUGUACAAUAAUAUUAUAGAAGUUCCAUUUAAUACAUCAAGUUCUCUUAUGCAUCAUGAAAGCAAAACACCAUGUGGAAAUCACUUAUGCAAGAGAUUCAAAUUGUUUAUGGCUGUUAAGAAUGUUGGUAUUAAUGUUACCGCAGGGAGUAGUUUGCGGAUGUAGCAGUUCUAGUUUGAUGAGUUGUUGAUCCUCGGUAUGUACAUUUGCCCCUCCCAGACCCUGCAGUAGCGGGAGGCUUGUGCACUGGGUUGCUCUUUUUUUCUUUCUUUUUUUUUAAAGUACAAAUUGUAUUCUAGUAACCUCUGCUUUUAUUAUAAUAUUAUACGAGGCUUCUCUUCUUCUUC